AUGUCGUCUAAAACUAGGUCAAAGAACAAGGUGAAAUCGUCAGAACCGCCGUCUCUGAUUCCAUCACUUCCCGAAGACAUCAUCGUUGACAUCUUAGCUCGUGUAGGGAGAUGCUACUAUCCAAAACUCUCCCUUGUUUCCAAGCAUUUCCGAUCACUUGUUACCUCCCACGAGCUAUACUCAAGACGAUUACUGUUAGGAUGCACGGAGCACUGUCUCUAUGUUGUCCUCUGUAACAGAGAAAACUAUAAAAACCAUUGUUAUGUUCUCUGCCGAAAGGCCAACGGUAAUCACAGCUUGGUCCUUAUCCCUUCGUUUUCCAAUUAUAUGCCUCGCAAGGGCAAGGGAGGCUUUGUCGCGGUGGGGUCAAGGAUAUAUGUGUUUGGUAGGUUGAAUGCGACAAGCAUUGACUGUAGAUCCCAAACGGUGCACCUCCUGCCUAGUAUGAAUGUAACCAUGUCUGUUUCAGUUGCUGACAUCAUUGACGGGAAAAUAUAUGUGAGUGGAUGCUGUAACAACCAAAGGAAGAUGGUCAUGACGGUGUUCAAUACAGAAACACAAAUGUGGGAGCCUAAGAAGACAGCGCCAGAGACAUUAAUGAGUGAUUGCAUGUGGCCUGGUGAUUGUGUGGUAUUGGCUGGUAAGAUGUACAUGCAGGAUGAUAUUAAUAGCUUUGUUUUUGAGCCAAAGGAAAGUAAAUGGGAAACGGAAAAGACGCUGAAUAUGUUCAGGUGGAAGGAUGAGUGUGUCGUUGAUGACGUAUUGUAUUACUACGAUUGUGUUUGGGAGGUGUUGAGAGCUUAUGACCCAAAAGAGAGUGGUUGGUUAGUGGUGAAUGGUUUGGAAGAAUUGUUGGCUCAGGCGAGAUUUUCAGACUGGUCUUACACUGGGAGUUACGGUAGGAAACUGGUUUUGUUUUUUUGGAAAAUGACAGGUAAAACAAGAGUGAUUCGGUGUGCGGAGAUUUCGCUAGAAAGACGUCAAGAAAAGGAGAUUUGGGGUAAAAGUGAGUGGUGUGAUGAUGUUUUGGUUGGUGGUGACUUUUUCGUUAGAAAAUCUCUAGAUGUUAUUGUUUGA